CUGCCUCCAUUUCCUUUCCACCUUCCUCUCUCUUCCCUUCCUUAUAUAAUCAAUAGUCAAGUUUUCAUAUCCAAAAAACUCCAUUAAAACCUACACUCAACAAGAACUUAGAAGAAUCUCAAAGUCCCAAGUUCAAAACUAUUAUUAUUAUGGCCAAGAAAUUGAAGAUCUCUUCUAUUUUCAAGAAAAGAGAAGCACCAGGGGCAGCAGCCACUUGGCAAUGGCCUUCUUGUACACAUUCCAAGACUCUAUCAUUUAGAGCUGAUGGCAACAUCUUCAAGACUAUAAAUUCAGUCUUUUUUGACCCUUUUGAUGGAACUGAAACCUCAGAAUCUUUUUUCACAAAUUCAUCAUCAGAUCAAUCAUUAGCCAGCAAUAGCAUUUCCACAGAAUCUCAUGAAGAAAUCAUAAAAGGGGCUAGAUCAGAAAGGCUAUUUUUUGAACCUGGUACUACAAGUUCAAUAUUUCAAGAACCAAAAAAAAUAUGUAAAAACCAACAAGAAGAAGGUGAAAAUCAAGAAGAUGAUUUGCCAUUUAAAGAGAGUAUAAUUUGGGCUAUGGAAUCAAAGGACCCUUAUUUGGAUUUCAAGAAAUCAAUGAAGGAAAUGGUGGAGACACAAGGUAUUAAAGAUUGGGAAAAUUUGCAAGAAUUAUUAGCAUGGUAUUUGAAGAUGAAUGGGGAAGUAAAUCAUGGAUUUGUUUUAGGUGCUUUCGUCGAUCUGGUUAUGGAACUUGUUAUCCCUACUACUCCGAGUACUACUUCGAAUAACUCAAUUACUUCUUAUUCUUCUGCUGCUUCUUUUUCUUUUUCUUGUCCCUCUUCUCCUUUGUCUUCUUUAGGACAUAAGGAGAUUGAGGAGCAAGAAAAUGAGAAGUCCCUUAGGAUCUAGUGUAAUCUUCUUCUUCUUCUUCUUUUGGUUAAUUAUCCGAUAUCUAAAGUUUAUUGGCCCGACUAAAUUGGAUUCAUGUCGAUCGGGUAGGUGCAUUCCCUAUUAAAAGGUUUUUCAUUUCCGGAGCUGGAAUUCAAGAACUCUUAUUAAAGAAGAAGAGAUCAAAAUCAUCCUACUACACUACUCGGCGAAGUUUAUUGAUCAGCUAAUUUAGAUUCAUGCCAGAUAGACUCAUCUUCAGUCAAAUGCUUUUUAUACUCUUGGAAUUAAAAUACUGAAGAAUCUGGUUAAGAACAGAGGGAUCGAUUCUAUCAUAUCUCAUCAUUCGGUGAUAAUGUAAUCCCCUUUUGUGUAUAUCACUACUCAGGUCUAAAGGAAAAAAUAUAUAUUA